UCGCCGAAGGACAAUGGACCAGGAGGAUCAUACGACGGACCCGUUCUCCAGCCAUGGUCUCUGGAGUGUUUCCAGGUUUACCUUGCAGUCCCUGCAGCCAUUGGAACCCUUGCCGUGGGACGAGGAGUUGCCUGAUCUUUCUGGCGGUUUCUUCAAGAGCCCUUUGAAUAUAUUCGAUAAAUAUGCGUCUGAACUGCCCGGCCUCAGUACGUUCGGUCCCGACUUAUUCGACCCGGAUCAAACGCUGGGAUUCACGACCGAUACGUCGAGUGAGAGUCAAUCCAAUGUAAACCCAGACAAACACAGUGUACAAGAGGAUGAUGUAGAGGAUAUAUGGGCUCUGGGAUCCUUCGACAUCAAGCAAGAUUGCGAGGACUUGCUGAAAUCUUGGGAGAAAUACCAUGAUCGGUCAUCCCGCGAGCCCGUCCCCGCAUAUUUCAGUGAGUCGGGCGCGAAAGGCUUCGAUGCGGCAUUGGCACGGCAAGCUGCAAAGUGGGGAACACAGACCCAACGAUUUAUGGUCCAGGAAGAUGUGUUCUUUCAGGCUUUGCUCAGGCUCGGGCUGGGCUGGAGCUCUUUGUUCUUCCGUUACAACGAACAGAAAAGGCAGUUCGAACAGGUGCACAACGAGAUUCGGAUAUCUGGGAUUACCUCAACUGCACUAAAUGGGCUGACCGAAGAGCUGCUUCGUUGUGGAACCAACAUGCAGAGAAUACGGAUCUUCGUUGGCAAGGUGCCCACUAAGUCGAAUGAACUCUCCGCCCUCUCCGCAUUCUCUGGUGCAGCUGGUGUAGUUGUCCAUACGCUUGAAAAGCAGCUUGUUGGACGAUUCAGGAGUAUCACCUCGCUGCUUCAGGUCAAAGCACUAUUCCACGAAUGUGGGACGGUGGUGAGCGUUCUCGCGAAUAUGGUCAGUGCCGUUGAUGGGGCAGUGUCUGAGGCCCAGAUAGUCUCUGUUGUUUCAGAACGAGCCGCCCAUUUUACGCAGAUUUUUGACCACAUGGAAGCUCUCUUGCGCGAAAUCGUGAUACGAGUGACCGAGCCUUGGCUUACACAUGUGGAAACCUGGGUUGGCCUCCGCCCCGAGACAUCGACAUCGGUUGAACUGGCUUCAAGUGGCAGGAGCUUUGUGGCCGUGGAGAGCCAAGUGGACAGUAAAAAGGCGCUCUCCAAAACGCCAAGGGUCGACUAUAGAUAUAUGCCUGAUCAGAUGCCCUCUUUUAUCCCCACAGAUCAAGCAUCCUUGAUUUUCGAAAGUGGACGAAGUCUUCGGCUUCUCAAAAGAAACCACCCACAGCAUCCAGUUGCCAACCAAGAAAUGCGCGAUGCUCAUACGCCCAAACUCGAAUGUGCAAGUACGUGGUUUGAUAUCGAGAGAAUACAGAGGAAGGCUUCGGAGUAUGAAGCUGAACUCCGUUCCGAGAUACUCAAAUACAACCGUGGCGAAUACUGCAGAGGGCCAGGGGCAACGCCUCAUACAGAAGGUUCCUGGAAUGCUGAGGAACACCAAGUGCUCACGGGCACUUUCGAACUCUUUGAUCUCGACGACGUGCCUAAUGCCACCGGCUUGUUACGCAAAGACGGCAAUUCCGAAAAGGAUAAACUCGGGCAUCUACUUGACGAAAACCCCGGUCUUGAAUCAUCCGCAGCUCAAAGUGGCUUCGGUCCUGAGCUGGCCUCAUCCUUCUAUCUGUCCUUGGCGCCUCUCCUUACCUCCCAGGCGCUCUUGAUCGAUUUCUCCUGUCUCCAUCUUCUGUUCAAGGAGCAUCAUCUCCGAUCCCACCUUACCUUACAGUGGCGGUUCCAGCUCCUUGGUGAUGGCUUUUUCACAUCCCGUCUUUCUAAUUCUCUCUUUGAUCCUGACAUGGAGAGUGGUGAACGGAAAGUCGGUGUAGUGCGAAGCGAUGUUCACGCCGGCUUGCGCCUAGGAAGUCGAGAUACUUGGCCUCCAGCAAGCUCGGAAUUGCGGCUAGUGCUUAUUGGGCUGCUUAACGAAUGCCACAAUGCGGACAAACAUCUAGAAAUUCCAACCCAUGUGGACCGGGGCAAUGAGAAAGAGCUACCCGGUGGCCUAAGCUUUUCCAUUCGGGACCUUUCGGAUGACGAGAUUGCAAAAUGCAAGGACCCAAAUGCUAUCGAGGCACUCGAUUUUCUUCGGCUACAAUACAAGCCUUCUGCUGUUCUAGAGACCAUCCUGACGCAGCGUUCCCUUAACAAGUAUGACCUUCUUUUCAAACAUUUGCUCCGACUGCUACGCAUGGUAUCUGUUGUCAAGAGACUCAUUCGCGACUCAACCGUGAGGGGUUCCCAAUCCGGUGAUACGCGGAAUGUGCUCCAGAAAUUCCGGAUCGAUUCUCAGCAUUUCGUACUCGCCAUAAGCGACUACUGCUUCCAUGUUGGUGUUGGAUCUACAUGGCGACGAUUCCAGGAUGCCCUUUCUAAGAUUGAAUCUUGCCUAGAUCACGGCGACAUUGAUGGCACGAUAGAAGCGGCUCAUUCGGUCCCUAGACUACGGGAUCACCACGAGGACGUCUUGGACCAGAUGCUUUAUGCUCUUUUUCAAAGCAAAAAGCACAAUGAAGUUGCUAAACUCCUUGACGAUAUCUUUGGAACAAUCCUCACUUUUGCUCCACUAUCCCAGCUGGAUGGAGUCGAAGGUGUGCGCCAUGAGACCGAGGCUGCCGUCCGUCGGUUAUACAGCCUAUUUCGGAAACAGACUUCUGCCUUCGUCGGCUAUUUACGCGGCAUAGAAGGCGUCAAGACCACAUCAAAGUCCUUAGACAGGUCGGGUAUGGCAUUCAUCCCCAGGGAAGCGCCUAUAACUGUUUUCGACCAUCUUCUGGCCCGGUUGGAGAUGAAGAGGUACUACUGAAUACAAUAAAUGCGAACUAUGAUAUGAG